AUGAACCCUCAGAAGUCUUCGUCAUUCGAAGACUUUGCUGGCCAAGUUGUCAUUUAUACUGAAAUAGGAAAUGCAAAAUGUGCAAAGGGAAGAGAUCUUCUACAUCGAGAAUGUAUUCCGUAUACAGACGUUUCACUCGAUUCAUUCCCUCAGCACACACAAGAAAUAUUCGACAGAACAGGCACCGACGUCUUGCCACAAAUAUUCUUCAACAAUAUUUAUAUCGGACACGAGACCGAUCUCGAACGAGUGAUUUUCGAGAAAAACAAGUGGGAGAGCCUUAUUGAGCACGUCCGUCGAGAGAAGUGUACAAACGGGCCGAUUGUUCCUCAUCCAAUGAAUGCGAUUGGUUUCGAGGAAUACGAUACAGAAAACAACAAUAAAUGUUGUGAAGAGGUUCUUUGGGUUCCCGAUGAGUACAGCAAACUGGUUCGAGACAUGAAGAACGCGCAACUCAUCAAAAAUAAUCGUGUCAAAUUGAAAGUCUAUCGAAACUCGUUCAAAGGCGAGCAACUAGUCGAUUGGUUAAUGCGGACAAAAGGCAUCAGAAGGAGCGAAGCGCUCGAAAUCGGUCAAGAAUUGAUCGAUAGGCACGUGGGGCAACAAACUUCCAAGGAGGCUGGUAUGACAUUUAGUCCGGACAGAUAUUAUCAAUUGGUUGAAGACGACGAAAACAAGCCAUUGAAUGCAGUACUCACAGGUGAAGAAGACGAGUCGAAGAAACAAACUAUUACGGUAGCAGAGUGUAAUGAAAAAUUCUUCAGACUGGUCAAGCCAGUCUUUAAAGAUAUACUGACAGAUCAUAAUCAGUCAAUCAUCUAUGGUGGAUUAUCCACAAAUGACAACUUCACUCGUUAUCUCCAAUUUUCAAAAGAACUGAAUCAAGUAUCUAUGGAAGGUUCUGUUCCCGAUGACCGUCUUACAUUUUUCAUCAACGUCUACAAUAUGAUGCUGAUUCAUAUUACACUGAAGCACGGUCCACCGAUUGGAAUUUGGCAGAGAAGAAAGCUUGUGAAUGGAACAUACUACCUCAUCGGAGGUCAUCGAUAUGCACUUCAUUCAAUAGUAAAUGGAAUUCUUCGGGCCAACAAAAAAGGGCCAGGAAUGCUUUGGAAAGCAUUUGGUAAACAAGAUGAACGUCUUCCGAUUUCACUUCCAGUUUGUGAUCCUCUAAUUCAUUUUGCAUUGUGCUCAGGAUCAAAGACAACACCCCCUUUGAGAGUAUACCACCCAAAAACCAUUCAUCAAGAAAUGCGUGAAAAUGCUCGCCAGGCUCUCACGAAAAGUGAUAAAUUUCUUCGAGUUGACAUCAAGAAAAACGUGAUUCAUUUGGGAAAGACGUUCAAAUGGUUCUCUGAUGACUUCGGCGGAACGACUGAGAAGAUUCUUCAAUGGAUUCUAGAUGUAUUAGAUACCGACGAAAGCGAUAAGAAACACAACUUGCAGAAACUAUUCUUUACUGGAGAGUAUUCAGUAGAAUACAUUCCAUAUGAUUGGUCAACCAAUGGACGAAUGGACGAAAAAGACAGAGAAGAACCGAAAACUUCAGUUAAUGAAUAG